AUGUCCAAAGCAAUUUACAUAUCGCCAAUCGAUGGCAAACCUGGCAAGCCGGGCCAAGUCUACUAUCCGCUCUCCUUACGCACUAUCCCCAAGCCUUCCCCGCAAGGGGGUGAGCUACUGGUGAAACUUACUGCCGCCGCACUCAACCACCGCGACCUCUUCCUCCGUCAACACCUCUACCCUGGCGUGACAUUUGAUGUGCCCCUACUCGCAGACGGUGUCGGUACCGUUGUCGGCGCUGGUCCGAACGUGCCCAGCCCAGAAAAAUGGCAAGGCAAGCGGGUGAUCUUGAACCCCGGUGCUGGCUGGAAGGAUUCUCCUGAUGGACCGGAGGAUCCUGCUGGAUACCGAAUUAUGGGAGGCACCAAGGUUUUGGAUAAGGGCACGUUGCAAGAAUAUAUUACUAUCGAGUACUCGGAGGUCGAGGAGGCCCCUGAGCAUCUAUCUGAUGCCGAGGCUGCAGCUCUGCCCCUGACGGGCUUGACGGGCUGGAGAGCUCUAAUUAGCAAGGCCGGUGAAAGGAACUCUGGGGAAGGUGCUGCUAUCUUGGUCACUGGCAUUGGUGGCGGUGUGGCUCUGAUGGUGCUUCGGUUUGCCGUUGCCAGAGGUGCACAUGUUUUCGUGACCAGCUCGAGCCAAGAGAAGAUUCAAAAGGCUAUUGAGCUAGGUGCGGCCGGUGGUGUUAGGUAUAAAGAGGAUGGCUGGGAAAAGAAGCUGUUGGGUAUGCUCCCAGCUGGGAAGAAGAACUUCGAUGCUAUCAUUGACGGUGCCGGUGGUGAUUCUGUUGAGAAAUCUGUCAAAUUGCUCAAGGCUGGCGGUGUCCUCUCUGUCUAUGGAAUGACUGUCUCUCCUAAAAUGCCAUUCACCAUGACUGCUGUCCUCAAGAACAUCGACGUCCGCGGUUCUACAAUGGGCUCCCGAAAGGAGUUCAGGGAGAUGAUUGAGUUUGUCAAUGCUAAGAAGAUUCGCCCUGUAGUGUCGCGGGUUCUGCAGACUGAGCUAGAUGACUUGUCCGCAAUUGACGGACUGUUCGAAGACAUGAAACAGGGCACGCAGUUCGGCAAACUUGUGAUUGAAUUUGGCAAGUCUUCCGGCAUCAUGAUGCCUUCCUUUGACGCCACUCAUUAUGCCCUGCAAACUCUCAACAAGCACAUUGAACGAAGACUCGCAAAGUUGCAAGCCAAUACAGUCCGCCUGAAGCGUGAACUGUGGCUACUCCAGCGACAUGUCAAAGAAUUCCGUCAUCCUCUUUUCGAGAACUGGGAAGCCGACAUGCUCACCCGUCUGAUCGAGGUCGCCCACGCCCAUCAGCAUAAGAAGUUACCCGGUGGUGUCGUGAUCGGAGAGUCCUCGUUUGCCGAACGCGAAAAUAUCAAUCAUGCAUACAGCAUCGCAGCGAAGGCAAUCCGCAUGUCAACUCUUCGUAAACUUGGUCUGUCGGAAAAUUAUCAUCAGGCUCUGCAGCGAUAUUCAGAGGUUGCUCCUUACCGAAGUAUAAAUCCCUUCCAGACCGAGUUCGCAUUCGCCAAAUGGCUGGUCGAAGUGCGAUAUGAGAGACCAGAACUGUAUGGGUUCUGGUCCAAACUUUUCCCUGUCUGCUAUGACCGCAGCGUCCAAGAGAGCGCCUCCAUCUUCUAG